GCUACAGGUGGCGCUAGUUGACUCGACUUUCAGUGCGCACAAAGUCAAUGCCACGCUUUAGUUGUGAGGCGACAACGUCGAAAUCGGAGUAAUAACAUGCGGCGUGAAUAAUAACGAAGACUAGAUCUGGAUAAACUUUCUCGGUCUUGUGAACAGCAUCGGCGUGGUGACGUAUAUUUGUUUGCCGUUUUCGCCUCGUACGUGAAAAUAUCACCAGUCUACCACACAUCUGUUCGACCAACGCCAGUUAAUCUGGAACACCGUCACCAGUUAAUCACGACACCAGUUAAUCUGGUCAUUAUGGCCCGCCAACACAAUUAAAACAAACAAACAAGCUGGUUUAUACUUUGAAGCCCGCACCCUGCAAGAUGAUGGAAAAUGAAAAGAUUACAGUGACAGGGGAUGACUUGUUUGAUUUAUAUGAAAACUAUUCAGACUGGAACAUCUCUUAUGAAGGGGGUGAUGUUUGCGACCUGACUGAGACUGUAAAUUUUGAAGCCGUGUUCAUACCAGUUCUGUACUCUGUGGUGUUUGUUGUCGGUCUACUUGGGAAUGGAUUACUGUUGAGAAUACUGGCUCGGAGUAGGAAAACCUGGAGUGUAACAGAUACCUUCAUCCUCCACCUGGGAGUGGCAGAUAUCCUGAUGCUGGUGACGCUGCCCAUCUGGGCUGCACAGUAUGCUCAAAGUGACGGAUGGACAUUUGGUACUCCCCUGUGCAAUAUCAUUGGAAGUGUUUUUACAAUUAACUUCUACAGUGGGAUCCUUCUCCUGGCCUGCAUCAGUCUGGACCGCUACCUGUCCAUCGUCCAUGCUACUCAGAUGUACUCAAGGAAGAAGCCUUGGGUUGUUCAGGCCAGCUGCCUGAUGAUGUGGUUCUUUUCCCUGCUUCUCUCUAUCAUUGACUGGAUCUUUUUAGAAGAAAUGUUUGAUGAUAGACGAGGCAGGAGAGAGUGUAUUUACAAGUAUAGCAAAUUAGAUGAGAAUGCAGUAUAUUAUUGGUGGUUGGCCUCACGCAUGAUUUAUCUCAUAGUGGGCUUUGCGCUCCCUUCAGCCGUCAUGAUGUUCUGCUACACCUGCAUCCUGCAUCAGCUGAGGUGUGGUGCCCACAGCCAUCAAAAGCAGAGAGCUUUUAAAUUUAUUGUGGCUGUGGUGGUGGUUUUCUUUAUUUGCUGGACACCGUACAACAUCAUGAUUUUGGUGGAAACCUUUCAUUUUGACAGCAACACAGAAACUUGUUCAGGCACAACAUCUCUGGAGAAAGCAAAGACAGUGACCACCUGUGUGGGCUUCAUUCACUGUUGCCUCAAUCCCAUCUUGUAUGCUUUUGUGGGUGUGAAGUUUCGCUGUUAAAAUUAAUUAAUUAGCAUCCUCAGGUCUCUGGCCUGCAAAGUGGCUAGUGCAAAAAUCCAGUCUUUUGUCAGCAACGGAAGCACCAUUUGAUCUGAGUCUGCCGACACCUCCCACUCCCCUGCGAACUGAGAAAGACAAAACCAGGGAAAUACAUAAACAUCAGAAUGUACAGUGUGCUUUUGUAUAUUGUUGCAUUAGAUAACCUGAAAUGGGCAGUGGUAAUUUGUUAUCUUCCGUAGUAUUGAACAUGACGGCUAAUAAUAUUUCUUUUUUCUAAUUGCCGGGCAGUAUUGUAAUAGAAAUAAGUCAUAACAACAUGAGAAUCAUUAGUUUAAAGAGAUUAAUAUGUUUUCAACAGCUUGUAUUUCAUACUAUUUUUUUGUAUCUUGAUUUAUAUUUUGUAAAAAAUGUUAUAAUGAAGACUAUAUAAUUGUAAACCAUAAUAAAGUCUGUUUCCAAUAUGAGAAU